AUGUACCGAUAAUACGAUUACACAUACUCUCCAUCUAAAUCAUCAAAUACUAUAGAUGAUAUGGAGCAAAGACUUAAUGCAGUAAUUAAUGCAAAUGAAAAAUUGGUACUUUUUAUAACUAAGAUUUUAUUAUAGACUUUACUGUUAAAAGAGAAAAUUUAAGAGAAUGAUUAACUGAAGGAAAAUAUUGAUAUUCUUUAUAAUAAUAAUCAAGAAUUAUCUGAAAUUAAUAUAGAACUGUGUGAAUAAAUCAAAAAGUGUAAAAAUUAGAAAUGUACUUCACUUCAUUAGAAAAAUCAUAUUGAAAUGGAGAAAGAACUCUAAAAAUUAAAAGAAAUUAUAGCUUAAAAGGAUAGAGAAUUAAUAAAUUAUUAACAUCACUUUGAAGAAGAGUUGCAGUUAGAAAUUACCUAAAAAGACUAUGUAAAAAAUAAAAAAUAACGUAUUAGAUUGAUAAAAUCAAAGGUUUAGAAGAUCAAAAUUAAUAAUUAAUACAUGAAUUAGACUUGGUCACUAAAAAGUUAAUUGAAAGCUAAAGAGGAUCAUUAACUAAUUAUGAGAAUAAUUAGUUAGUAUAAUAAUAUGAAUCAAUAAUUGAAGAUUUAUAAUAGAAAAUAGAAUAAAUGAAUAAGUUUCUAUUUUAAAAGGAUGAGGAUUCAUCAUAAAAUUAUAAUAAACAAUUUUUAAUACAAAUGGAAUAAUUAUAAGUAGAAAAGAUAACCUAAUCAUUAUAAUUAGAAGAAUAAAAAAAAAAAAUAAAUAAGUUAUAAUAAGAGUUGGAAGAGAGGAAUAUUAUGAUUGAUUAAUUGAAGAAAAAUUAUAGUCUAAAUUCAUCUAAAAAUGAAAUUAUACAAAAAUAAAAUAUGCUUUAGAAUAAAUAAAAAUAUAUUAAAAUAGAAGAGAAUGUAUUAGAAUUGAGUGAUGAUAUAGAAACAACUAUUAAAAGAAGAUCUAAUUUUGAUUAUUAAAAUGGAAAAUAUAUUUCAUAAGGAAAAGGUUUUAUGGAAUAAAAGAGUCCUCGUUCUUAAAUUUCAGAUUAAGAUUCAUAUUUAUAUUUAUAUGAAAAAUUAUAAUAAGAUAUGUAAAUCAAAGAAAAAUAAUAUAAUGAUCUUAUUGUUAAAAAAUAAAUAGCAGAUAAUGAAAUUUUAAAAUUAAUGAAUUUAAUUAAGGAUUUAGAAUACUCAAUUUAAGAGAAAUAAUUAUUAAUUGAACAAUAAGAUAAUGAAAUUAAAUCUCAUAAUCGAAGUAUUAGAAAGAAGGAAUCAGAACAUAAGAAAAAUAUAAUCAAGUAGUAAGAUGAUAUAUAAAUUUAUGAAGAUAAAUUAAAUGCACUUGAAAAUCUUAGAAAUGAAGAACUCAAAAUUUAUGAAUAAUAAAUUUCUUAAAUUCAAAAUUAAUUAAAAUAAAAAGAAUUAGAACUUAAAAAAUUAUAAGAUUUAGUUAAAGAUAAAAAUAAAUUAUAAACUAAUUUAUAAUCUCUUAUUGAAGAAAAGAAAGAAAUAUAAUAAAAUUUAGAAUAGAAAGAUUAAAAAGAAGAAGAUUUGAAAGCUAAAAUUGUAUUGCUUUAAUAGUAACUUAAAACAAAAGAGAUAGAAAAUAAAAGUUUAAGAGAAAAAGGUUUAAAUUAAAAUAAAAUUUAUGACUUAGAGAGUUAGAUAAUUUAAUUAAAAUUAGAAUUAGAAUAAAAUUUAAUAAAUGCAGAAGUUUAAACUGAAAUAAUAAUAAAAAAUGAAUAAUAAAUGAAAAUGAAAGAAUUUCUUAUUAAUAAAUUAUAGGAUUAAUUAAAAGAUGCUAGUAACAAAUAAAAAGAAUUAAUAACAGAAAGAGAACUAGAAAAUUAGAGAAAUUAUUAAUAAAUUGAUGAAUAAAAUGAUCUAUUAAGAAAAUAAGAAUAUGAAAUUAAAAAAUUACAAAAUUUAAUAUCCUCAAAACCUUUAGAGAAAACUUUAAACAUUCAAUCUGAAAAUUUAAUCUUAAAAGAAUAAAUAGAAGAAUUUAUAAAUUAAUAAACAAAGUUAGAAUAAUAAGUAAUGAUAUUAGAAACAUAACUGAAAGGAAAAGAUUAAGAAAUAAUUAUCACAAGUUAAAAACAAAUCUUAUCAAAUGCAGAAUUAUAGACAAAUAUGAGAAAGUAGGAGGCUGAUUAUAAUGAUAAAUUAAUAGAAAAGGAAUAAUUAAUUUAAGGAUAAUUAAAAUAAAUAUAAGCAUUAAAAUAAGAGAAUGAAUAAUUGAAUGAGAAAAUAAAUAAUUCAUCUAAUAUAAUAUAAAAUCUUGAGUCUAAAUAUGCUUAAUUAGAAUAAAAAGAAUAAUUUUAAUUGGAAACUCAUAGAUAAGAAAUAUAAAAGAAAAUUGAAUAAAUUCCACUAAGUGAAGAUGGUACUACUCUAAGUGAAUUAAAUUCGUAUCGUAUGGAUGAAUUAAAAACUUUUGCAUCUUAAUUGGAAUCAUAAAAUAAAUAAGAUUUAAUAUAAUAAAUUUUAGAUUAAAAAAUUGAAUUAAUAUAGAAAAAUGAAUAAUUCAACAAUUAAGUUUAAAUAAUUGAAGAAUAAAAAUAAGAAAUUAAGGUUAAUGAAGAAGAAAUUUAAAAUCUUAGACAUCUUUUAUAAACAAAAGAAAAUCAAUAAGCUGAAUUAAAAAGUUAUAAAUAAUCUAUUGAAUCUCUUGAAAAUUAAUUAAAGGUUAAAGAAUAAAGUCUAAAAAAAGUUUAAGAUGAAAAUAAAGAAUUGUAAUAACAGAAAUAAAUAGUUGCUUAAUAGAAAAAAUAAAAUGAAAUCUAAUAAUAAGAAUCCAAAAAAUUAUAAGAUACUAUUAUAAAUUAAGAACAAUUAAUGAAAGUGAAAGAUGAAAAUCUGAAAAAGUUGUAAGAUUAACUUAAAGAAUUAAACAAGAAAAAUGAAUAAUUUUCAAGGGAUUUAAAUUAGAAUAAAACCUUAAAGGAUUAAAUUGAAAAGCUUAAGAGUGUUCUAAAUUAAAAGGAAGAAGAACAAAAGAAUCUAUUGAAUUAAAUCGGUAAUCAAAAGAAAUAGGAAGAACAAAUAAAAAAAUUAUAGUAAUAAAUUGAAAAGGAAACAAAAACAAAAAAAGAAGAAAUUGAAAAACUUUAGAAUGAACUUAAUUAAUCAAAUUAAGAAUUAAAGCAGGUUUAAUAAAUAAAUUAGAAUUUUUAAAAAUUAGAGGAUUAAGUUAAAAAGCUUUAAUAAUAAUUAGAUUAGUAAACAGAAAAAAAUAAAAAACAAUAAUUAGAUUCUGAAAAGAAAGAAUAGGAUCUAAAAAAAUAGUUAAAGGAGACAAAUGAAUAAUUAUCAGAAUGGGAAUAAAAUGAUCUUUCCAAAGAUUAACAAAUAGAAAAACUUAAUAGAUAAAUAGAGGAAUUUAAGAAGAAAGAUGCUAUAUUAUAAAAAUAAGGAAAAAUUGUAAAAGAACUAUAAGAAUAGUUAAAAUAAGCAGAAAAAGUUAAUAUUGAAUUACAAAAAGAAAAAGAGAAUAAGGAAUCUGAAAUAAAUUGUUAAAAAGAAAAUUUAGAAUAAGAAAUUAAAGAUUUAAAAGAAUAAAUAACAAAGUUAUAAAAAUUGAAUGGUGAACUUUUUAUUUAUGAAAAUAUCAUAUAAGUAGAUGUACGUAAAAUGUAAGAAUUGUAAAAGAAGAUUGUAUGCUUAGAAAAUUAUUACUCAUAACAAGGUUCAAAAUAAAAUAUAGAGACAAAAAGCUAAGGAGUAACUCCUAGAAAAUAAGCUAGAGGUAAUUCAGCUAUGAAAUAAAAUGAUGAUUAAAUUUCAUAAAUGUCAUUUGAAUAAUUAUAGUUGCAUGCUAAAAAAUUAGAGUAAAUAAUAAAAGAAGCAGGAUUAAGUAAUAAUAUAAACUGA